AUGGACCAAGUUCCUCUCCCAUUUGUUGUAGAUCAGGACAAAACUUAUGAUGUUACUGGAAACAAACAGGUAUGGGUAUCGCAACCUUCCACAGGUUUAGAUAAAAGACAAGCUACUCUACAGCUCUGUAUAUGGGCAGAGGGAGAACAAAAUGUAAAGCCUGCAAUUGUGUUCAGGGGGAAAGGCAACAUUACCAGUGCAGAGAAAGCCCAGUACAACAAAGGUGUGGACGUCUACUUUCAAAAAUGUGCAUGGAUGGAUGCUGACCUGGACAUGGAAUGGGUGUCAAGAACAUUGAUACCUGGGGUUGGAAACUCCCCAGAUGAAAAAGUUAUCUUCACCGAUGUUGGUUUUCAGCAGGGUAAAGAAUUUCACAAAGCAUGUGGGAAAAUGAAUGCUAUUAUUUAUCUUCUCCCAGAAAACCACACAGACAAAGUGCAGUCCAUAGAUGCUGGGUGUGGGAAAAAAUAG